AUACAUAGCGUUUUGAAUUUGGUUUCUUGCUUCUAGAUUUUUUUUGUAAUUAAAGUUAAUAAAAAUUAAUUUUAGGUGAAAUAAAUAAAUUUUUUUGGAAAAAAAGAAAAGAAAGUUAUAAAAUUCAAUGUUGGUUAUAACAUUAAAACUAACUUGAUGAAGUUUUAUGGAUACACUAAAGCAAAAGGGAAGUAUUAAAUAUAAAAAUGAAUUAUUCAGAAUUAUAGCUACAAAGUUAGUUGAAAGUAAUUAAGAUCAAUCUGAAAUGAGUUCCGCAAAAUCUUUACCUUGUGAAGCAAUGACAGAUCAAAGUAUUGUAGAAUCCAAUGGUUUUUUAGAUCCUUUAGAUUUUUAUCAGGAUUAUUCACUUUUCUUUUUGAGCAAAAAGACUUUACUUAGGCAUAUAGCAAUAAAAAUAACUUUGUUGCCAUUUCUGGAAAAGUUAACUAUGACAAUAAUAUUUGCGAACUGCAUUACCCUUGGUUUAUUUGAUCCAUAUGAUGUUAAAUGUCAAAAACAGUCAUGCAAAGCUCUGGAAAUUGUUGAAACCUGCAUAUUUGUAUAUUUUACAUUAGAAAUGGUUAUUAAAAUGGUAGCCUUUGGUGUUUUUGGAAAACAAGGGUAUUUAUCUGAAACGUGGAAUAGGCUAGAUUUAUUUAUUGUUUCUGCUGGCACCUUCGAGUUAGCAUAUGGGGAUGGAGAAUUUCUUAGCUCUAUUAGAGUUAUUCGAGUCUUGAGACCUCUUCGUGCAAUAAAUAGAGUUCCUAGUAUACGCAUCCUUGUUACGUUGUUAUUGGAUACUCUACCAAUGCUUGGAAAUGUUUUUAUACUUUUUAUGCUGAUAAUUGCAGUUUUUGCAAUAAUUGGGGUUCAACUUUGGCAAGGAAUUCUUAGAAAUCGAUGUUUUCACAAUUUAACAGAAAAUGUUGCAAGUAUUCUUGAAUACAAUAAUAUAUCUCGGUAUUACAAGUUACCAGAAGAAGAUGAUUGGAGUUUAAUAUGUUCAUCUGCUAUGAAUAGCGGUCAAGUUUCUUGCAACUCUAAAUUUAUACCAAAAUAUGACAAUUGUAGUUUAAACUUCUUUACAGUGCUAAACUCAACAAACAUGACGUUGACUGAUAUUAAAAAUGUUUCAAUUUUUUCCAAUUUAAUAUCUUCAAAUAAUAAUACUUCGGAUUGUAUUAACUGGAAUCUUUUAUAUACUCAUUGCAAUGCAAGUAAUUCAAACCCACAUUAUAAUGUUAUAUCUUUUGACAGUGUUAGUGAUGCGUUCAUUGCAAUUUUUCAAUCCAUUACAUUAGAAGGCUGGUCUGAGAUCAUGUAUUUUUUACAAGAUGCCUAUAGUUCUUGGGUUUGGAUAUACUUUCUGACUCUUAUUGUGAUUGGUUCCUAUUUGUUAACAAAUCUGUGUCUAGUAGUUGUUGCUACUCAGUUCUCAGAAACUCGUCAGAGGGAAUCAGCUCUUAUGGCUGAAGCAAGAAAAAAAGCAAGACCAGGAACAUUUACAUCAAUGAGCGAAAAUGAAAAUAGUGGAUGCUAUCGCCAAAUUUUGAGUUUGGCAAAAUAUAGCAUUAGAAACAGCUAUAGGAGGCUGCGUCAAAGAUUUAUUCACAAAAAUAAUGUAAAAAAUGCAAAGCAUCAAAAUGGCUCAGAUGGAACUGUUCAUUUCCAUCAUCAUUACCACCAUCACCAUCAUCACCACCAUUUGCAUCUUUGUUCAAGUGUUAAAAAAGAUUUAGAUGAUGCUGAAAAUGAUUCGCUACCUGAUGAAAAUCAUCAUGAAUCUAGAUGCAUUAAAAGUUUAACAGAAAACUUUAAUCAACUAAUGUUGCUACCGAGAAAUACUGCUUCAUUGAUUAUUCCAGAUAAGACAGUGGUGAUAUGUCAUGGAAAAUCCAAGUUAAUUGCAUCCGCACCAGUUUUGACUGCAAUUUCGAUGUUUCCUAGCGUUUCAAAAGUUGAAUCUUCUGUCGAUUGUUCUGUUAAUGCUGUAUAUCAAAGUCUUGUGGAUCAUAGUUUAAGUGAAGAAGAAAUUGAUGAGGACUAUUUAGAAUGUAAAAAUGCUGGUUGUUAUGACAAAGAAAAUUUAAAGCCAGAUGUUUCAUAUAAAGAAAAAAAAAUUAAUCAUUUUUUAUCGCUUAUGCGCAACAAGUUCAAAGUUUGUUGUGAAUCUAAUAUUUUUAAGUAUUCAAUUAUGAUUGCAAUUUUUUUAAACUCUUUAACAAUGGCUUGUGAACAUUAUAAUCAACCGGAAAAGUUGACUGCAGCACUUGAAGUUUUUAAUACUAUAUUCACUGUUGUUUUUACGUUUGAAUGCAUUUUCAAGCUGUCUGCUUAUGGUUUUUAUUCUUAUAUCAAAGAUCCAUUCAAUGUUUUUGAUGCAGUUAUUGUUAUAAUUAGUCUUGUUGAAUUUAUUGGGGCAAGCAAAGGUGGCGGAGUUUCUGUUUUGAGAACAUUUCGUUUAAUGAGAAUUUUCAAGUUAAUACGCUUUAUGCCAAUGCUUCAAAAACAAGUUAAAGUUAUGUUAGCGACUCUUGAUAGUGUCAUGACUUUCCUUGGCUUACUUUCUAUUUUUAUAUUUACAUGUUCAAUUCUUGGAAUGCAUUUAUUUGGUGCAAAAAUGAUAUUUGAGGAAGGUUCUGUUCGGCAUAACUUUGAUAACCUAAUGUGGUCGCUAAUAACUGUGUUUCAGGUUUUGACGCAAGAAGAUUGGAAUGCAGUACUUUAUGAUGCUGUUCGAGGAACUACUAAAUGGGCAUCAAUUUAUUUUAUUUUUAUUAUGGUUCUUGGAAACUACAUUCUAUUUAAUCUUCUAGUUGCCAUUCUUGUUGAAGGUUUCUCUACAGAAACAGAUGGUAUUUUAUCUUCUCCAUUGAAACUAAAGUCAAUUAGUCGAGAAUUUUUGCAUAAUGAUGUGAAAGAAAAUUGUGUAAUGGUAAAUUCAAAAAAAAUUCAUUACUACUCCUUACCUAAUAUUCUUAGUCAAGAAAAUUUUAAUGAAUUGUCUCACAAAGAUAUUUUGUUAAGCAAUAAUAAGAAGUUUGCAUCAGAAACCCAUAUUGCUAAAAAAGAAACAGAGUUAGAAGAAAAACAAGAAGAAAAGGUUGAAGGAAAAAAGUUCUUUGAUAAAAGGUGUACGUUCUUUAACAAAAGGAGGAGUUGGUCACUCUAUCUUUUUGCACCAGAAAACAAAUGUCGUGCUAAAGUUUAUGGUCUUGUUAAACAUCCAUGGUUUGAUUACUUCAUAUUAUUUUUUAUUGCUACUAAUUGUGUAAUAAUGGCAUUAGAGCGACCAAGUAUAUUAGAUGGAUCUCAAGAAAGAUUAAUAAUUGAUUAUUGCAAUAUUGCAUUCACUAUUGUCUUUACAAUUGAAAUGAUGAUUAAAAUUUUUGCAGACGGUUUUUAUUUUGGAGAAGAAACAACGUACUUACGAAGUGGAUGGAAUAAAAUGGAUUUUAUUUUAGUUUUAACAUCACUUGUUGAUCUGUUUGUAACUCACAUAGUUCAUAAACGAAGUCACAUAUUAGGUGUUCUUAAAGUUUUGAGAGCAUUUCGAACACUGCGUCCUUUAAGAUUGAUCAGUCGUGCUCCCGGCUUAAAAAUUGUAGUUGAAACUUUACUUGCUUCUCUUGCACCGAUUGGUAAUUUAGUCGUUGUUGCAUUUGUCUUCUUUACAAUAUUUGGGAUUCUAGGAGUUCAAUUAUUCAAAGGAAAAUUUCAUUAUUGUAAAGGUGCAAAUGAAACUGUAACAAAUUAUAAUGAAUGUACAUUGUAUGGUGGAUCUUGGGAAAAUAAAAAGUAUAAUUUUGAUAAUCUUUUUCAGGUAAUUUGCUUUUUAAGUACAAUGAAUGAUGAGGUAGCACAAGAUGUGGUUGUUUAUAACAGACCUAUUGUUUCAAAGCGUGCCAUAAUCACAACAGUAAUUCUGGUCUAUAUCAAUUUGCUUAACUACAUGGAUCGAUUCACAGUUUCAAGUGUUUUGCCAGACAUUCAGUCAUAUUUUGGUAACAUUGGUAAAUCAAAAGCCGGUCUUUUGCAAACUGUUUUUGUAUGUGCUUAUAUGGCAUUUGCACCAUUAUUUGGAUACCUUGGCGACCGCUAUUCACGAAAGUAUUUAAUUGCAAUUGGAAUCACCAUAUGGUCUGUUACCACUUUUGCUGGUUCUUUAUUUCUUUUAGACGAAAUUCCUCAGACAUUAAAUGAAUACAGUUAUAUUCGAAAAAAAGUAUAUACCUUUGUUUCUCAUUACAAGUUUGAUUUCGCAAUUGCUAUUAUAAUUGGUUUGAAUGUUUUCUCCAUGGCAAUGGAGUAUUAUCAAAUGCCAGAGAAACUUUCUUUCUGUUUAAAAAUUUUGAACUACAUCUUUACUUCAAUUUUUAUUUUGGAAGCUCUUCUCAAAAUAUAUGGAUUUGGUCCAAGACUGUUUUUUAAACAAAGAUGGAAUCAGUUAGAUAUUGUCAUUGUUUUUCUUUCAAUAAUUGGAAUUAUAUUUGAAGAAAUAAAUUCCAAGUUACCAAUUAAUCCAACUAUUAUACGAGUUAUGCGUAUAUUGAGAAUUGCUCGUAUUCUUAAAAUUUUAAAAGCUGCCAGAGGAAUACAAAAGCUUUUAAAUUGUGUCAGUAAAGCAAUCCCUCAGGUUGGUAACUUGUCCAUGUUGUUUGCUCUUAUUUUUUUCAUUUUCUCAGCAUUGGGAAUUGAACUAUUCGGCAGACUAGAUUGUAGCAGAGAUGAUUGUAAUGGUAUUGGUCGUCACGCUCACUUUAAAAGCUUUGAUUAUGCUCUCCUUACUCUUUUUCGAAUAUCAACCGGCGAUAACUGGAGUGGAAUACUUAAAGAUACGAUCAAUGAAAAGUUAUGUGUUGAACCUUGUCCGUUUCUUCCGUAUAUAUCCCCCCUUUAUUUUGCAGUCUUCGUGCUUACUUCACAAUUUGUAUUGGUCAAUGUAGUUGUUGCUGUUCUUAUGAAGCAACUAGAGGAUACAAAAUCUGUAAUUGAAACAAAUAGUGAACAUGAUUCUCCUUCCGUUAGUUCUAAAGAUGAAACAACAAGGUUUUGUAUAGAAGAUAAAAGUUCAACACAGACUAAAAAGAAAGAAUACGAAGAAAUUAAACUUGGUGAAAAAUAUGAGAGCUUAUCUUUACUGCAAUCAAUAAAUAUGGCAGGUGACGCAGCAUGCUUAAAAAAGAGUAACAAUAAUAAUAUAUUUUUUAAUUUACGCGAAGAUUUGAAUGAUGGAUUUAUCCAUACAAAAAAAGAAAACACUGAUAACACUCAUUUUACUGACCAAGAUUUAACUGACCAAAAUUAGUAACCUAAGCUCAAUUAUUAGAAUAUGACGUGGAGAUCUAUUGCAUGGAAAACAUUUUUGCGCACAAAACAUCAACAUGGAUCAAUACUUAUUGAAGCUGGGACAAAUCCAACUUUUAAAAAGAAAUAACGUAAUUAAAAAAGUUGAAGUGAAAUUGUACACAUUAUUCUUGUUUUUUCCAGCCUCUCAUCUUUUUUUACAGGUUCAACCCCAGACCCCAGUUUUCAAUAUUUGUUGGUUGCAUUUUGGCGAAGUAUUAUUUCUGUAUUGACAUCAUGCGUCAAAUAAAUUACAUAGUUCAUGUUUGCAUGGACGUUAGUCCUUAAAUAAAAUUAACAUGUAUUUUUUUAUAUUUUGAUACUUUUUUAAAAAAGAUGUAAAUAAAUUCGUAGUUUAUUAA